UCCUCGCGGUUGGACGCGCGUCCCUUGCCACUGCGCGCCGGCCGGCGAAAAAUAUAAAAACAUUUGGCGGGAAAACAAGUAAACUUGCUUUUUCAACGCGAAUAGUGCAACGAUGUUUUCGUAUUAUUCCUAGUGUGUGUAACAUUUGAUUUGAUUAGUAAAUUCCCUUUAACUUGAUACUUUCGUGUAAACAGUGGACGUUAAGGUUUGAAUUUCAAACUUCAGUGUACUUUAUUGUAAGGUGAACCAAAUACUAAGUGUAAAACAUAACAAUACAGUGCAUAUUCGUGAUUUGAACCAUUCGUUACGGAUUAGACUGCCCACAAAAGGUGUGAAGUGAGAAUAGAAAAAAAAUAGGUGUGAGCGCCGACACCUAUUGGAAAAUAAAAAACUUUUAGUGGUACAAGAUGGCGUCAGUCGUGUAAACAAAAUGGCGGCGCGCACGUAAUGGCGGGCGCAAUGGCAGCUGCGCACGGCGGCGAGUUGCGCGUGCAACAUUCGCGCGACGAUUCCCGCGACUCUGGCAUCUUCCACACCACCAAGGGAUUGUGGAAUGCGCCUGGGCAGAAUAACUGCUUCUUGAACAGUGCUGUUCAGGUGUUGUGGCAUCUGGACAUAUUCCGGCGCAGCUUCCGUGAGCUCACAGGCCACGCCUGUCUUGGUCCUUCUUGCAUUUUUUGCGCCCUCAAGGAGCUGUUCGCGCAGUUGCAAUGGUCCGCGGAGCGUGCACCGGCGGCGGACGGGCUACGUCGCGCGCUCGGUGGCGCUGGCGCACGUUUCCAGCUGGGCUGCAUGGCUGAUGCUAGCGAGUGCUUCGAGCAUCUCUUGCUCAGGGUCCACGCGCACGUGGCAGCAGGCUCGGGCGAGCGGCGCGAGGAUGACGCGUGCCGCGCGCCGCACUGCGUACCACACCGCAAAUUCGCCAUGAUGCUCGUCGAGCAGUCCGUCUGUGGCGCCUGCCAGGCCACCUCCGAACCGCUGCCUUUUACUCAGAUGGUACAUUACGUGUCAGCAACUGCGCUGACUGCGCAGGCGGCGCUGGGCGAGCACGGCGACAGCUUCGGACUAUUGCUGCGCAAAGCCGGGGGCAUGGGUGACAUCAGAGAUUGUCCGAACGCUUGCGGCGCCAAAAUCCAGAUCUGCAGAACUCUGAUGAACCGUCCCGAAGUAGUCUCCAUCGGCAUGGUGUGGGACUCCGAGCGCCCGUCAGCGGAGCACGUGGCUGCAGUAUACGCGGCGCUGGGCACGGAGCUUCGCCCCACAGACGCCUUCCACGCCUGCGUCGACCGCGCCUGGGCCGCCCGCGCCACUCACCGCCUCGUCGGCCUCGUCACUUACUACGGCAAACACUACUCCACAUUUUUCUUCCAUAGCAAACUCCGCCUAUGGAUAUACUUCGAUGACGCUGACGUCAAAGAAAUAGGACCCGAAUGGUCCCACGUUGUCGACAAAUGCCGAAGAGGCAGGUUCCAACCCCUGCUUCUUCUCUACGCAGCUGUAGACGGUACGCCUUGUGAUACUCGUCACGCUCCUAAAGAUGUUGUGCCAUUCCCUGCGCCCGAGCCUAGAAGAGCAGUCACGCCCGCGCCUGAGAGGCCAAACGCUGGGUUCGCGAGACGAGCUGUCACACCAGGUCCCGACAACGAGAGUGACUACGUCAGCCGAAAAGCUGUUGAGAACAUGUUGGAAGUUCAAGCCAAUCGUCGCGCGCAACUGGCUCGUAGUCUAAGCACGGGCUCGACGUCAGACAGCACGGAGAGACCUCGAGUGCGAAGAGACUCCGGCAACUGGAGCGGCGAUAGGAACAGCGCUUCAUCUGCCUCAUCAUCAACAGUAGAAAGCCCUUAUAUGUACUCCAGAGGACGCGGUCCAGGUAGCGUGCCCGGCAGUCCAACGCGCAAGGGAGAGCUAUCUAGUGGCGGCUCUUGUGACGCCGGAUACGACUCGUACUCACUGUCGUCGACCGACAGUUUGCCCCUGCAGCAAGGACUCCGUCAUAAUCUACAAUUAGCUCAAAUCCCUGAGCUCACUACGCGCGGUGAUUGCGAAGCGUUAUGUCUAGAAGCUGACCGUUUGCUUGAAAAAUCUCGACAUGCCGAAGACGCUGCUGACUACGAAACUGCACUUGUCCUUUGUGAUGCGGCCGCGUCCAAAGCGAGAGCCGCGAUGGACGCUCCAUACAACAAUCCACACACUAUGACAUUUGCUCGUAUGAAGCACAAUACAUGUGUCAUGCGAACGCGAAGCCUUCAAAGACGGAUGGCUGGCAUGAACAGAGUAACGGAGAUCCCACAAGUUGUUCCCAUCAGAAAUACAAAAGGUGGACUUGAUAGUACUCCCACAACUAUCGAAAUCUACGCCACAUUACCCAAGAAGAAGGGUUCCUCUAAAAAAUCUCCCAAGAACAAUAUAGAGGAUGAUAUUGAUAAUCCUCCCAGAGAACGACCACCGAGACAUAAAUCUCGCGAUGAAGAGAAAAGAGAAAAACGAUCAAGAAGCGAAGACCGCGGUCGCGCUCGUAAAGAAAUAUCAGUAGCAACCGAAAAGAAGGAAGAACCAGUUGAUGACAAGAAAGCUAAUAAGAAGCAACAUAAAAUCCGCAGAAAACUUCUAAUGGGUGGUUUGAUUAGACGCAAGAACAGAUCGAUGCCUGAUUUGACUGAAGGCGCUAACGGUAACAACAAUGAUGGAAAAGGAAAAGAAAAAGUCGUCUCGAUUGACGAUGGUGAUGUCGGUCGAAGAAAGCCUGAUGAUAAAAACUUGAGCGGAUAUUUGUCCGAAGGUCAUUUAGAAUAUUCGGCAGGAAGUGGUACAAAUCCUAAUCUCGAAAGGAGUAAGCUUAUGAGGAAAAGUUUCCACGGUAGCGCUGGUAAGAUUCUGACCGCGGCUAAGGUCCCGCCUCCACCGCCGCUUAGGACCACUUCCCAGCUUAGCGGCGCUAAGUUCGAGGCCGAAGUGAUUGAGCACGGGAUUCAGUCGCGGCCACCUCAACCGCUACCGAACAAUACUCGUGGAGAAUACGCUUACUCUCAAGACAUGGAGGAAGAUGGCGGUUUCUCUGAACAGUACGGAGACGAACCACAGUCGCUGCCAUUCAUGCCGUACAACGAAAAGCAAAUAAACCAUUACAGACUAGAAGACUCCCCAUCGCAAAACUUUCAUACAGUGGUUACGAAAGCCAUGAUCCAUCAAGAGCAGAGUCCAGUCAAACGCGACACGUUGCCACUUAUCCAGCCAUCUCAUAACAACAUUCAGAAUCUAAGCAACGUCUUUGACAACGGCGUUGACGUGGUUGAUUGUGCUCCUCCUAUGAGACGGUCUCCUCAAAUGUUUGACUUACCGCCGUAUCCGAGUCCGCUGAAUUCAGUAAACCACUCUCGGCAACCAAGUGAAGAGUUCCCACCGCCCCCGCCGCCCAUUGACCUCACACCACUUCAGGAUGAACUUGAUAAGAUUCAACCUGCUAAUCCUUACGAGGCUCACAGCAACAAUGAGAUCGAAGCACCUAAAGGUUCAUUGCUUGCACAGUUGCAAGAAAAGAGAAACCAAAUUCUAAGAAACGAGGAAAGCCUGUCUAAAUUGAAUCAAUUGGAAACGAUCAAUUCCACUGGAGACACUUGGCUUAAAGAACUACAAGCCAAACAAGCAGCACUCAAGCUUAAAAGGUCUGGAUCUCUUGAGAAUCAAUUGGCCAGCCCUUCAGAGAGCAACAAUGUGAGAAAUAUCGCUUCAAGAUUCGAACAAACAGGCGCUCAAAACGUAUCUGAUGAGAGAUCUCAUAUAGGAUUUGUAGGAAUGAGUGCCAACAGAGACGUCAUCAACUGUUCGAAUCAGUCGACGCAAGGGAUUUACAACCGAAGAGCGUCGUCGUCAUCUAUCGACCCUAAGCAGAUUGAAGAUGGCUACCAUGAUCAAAAGCUCGAUAACAACGCGUCUUAUGGAGAUCGCUCUAAACCGAAGAAGAAAUCCGUCUCAUUCUGCGACCAAGUAAUCCUAGUUGCAACAGCGGAAGACCAGGAAGAUGACAGUUACAUCCCCAACCCGAUCUUAGAGCGAGUGCUGAAAUCUGCUAUGAACAAACCUGAGCUAACCACAAUGCCAUUACAGACAGAUAAACCAUCGUUGCAGCGUAAUGACUCGUUCGACAGUCAAUCCUCUCGAUCAACAAUAUCCUCUCUGUCUCAGAAUUCCUUUGUGCCAACUGAAAAUGCACAUGCUGAUUAUGUCCGGGUGCAAAACAAUUACCCAGCGUAUCAAGUCGCACAGACGAGGCCACAGCAGCAAUUCAAUGCGCAAAAGAGUACCGGAGUCUACGGGACGACUCCAACGCAAGCUCAAAACCAGAAUGGCGUUAACAAUCAAAUCUACCAGACUCUGCCCACAAGCUCUGCAGCGACAAACCCGAUUCCUUACAAUUCGCCCCCAGCGGCUUACACGAACCAUACGAAUACGAAUGCUAGCCCACCGAACUUUAGCCAAAACCCAGCGAACAGGCUGACACCGACGCACAACCCUGCUUAUGUGACGAAGCACUCCACCAUGACACGGCCUGUUCCUAACACGUACCCGCACCCACCGAGCCAACUGCACCAAAUAAACCAGCCCAGCAACGCUUACUACCACCGACUACCCAACCAGAACCACCAAGCGCAAAUGCCGAAUAACUACAGUACAAACCGCCAAUACAACCAGCAAACCCCGUACCAAAGCGUGCCCACCAACUCGCCUGCGUUCCAGAGCUACCACAACCCACCGACCAGCUACAGCGCCGAGUAUUCUAGUCGAUACCCUCAAGUAAGUACAAACUACACACACUCGCCGUACCAGAGAGUUCCGCCGCCACACGGCGAUGUCCCACCUGAAAACUACAACGCGUACCAAAAAGUGCCGAAUAACUGCUACUUAGAUAACAAUUCUAAUCAACCCAAUAGCAGGCCAUAUCCAAACCAACAGCGUCCGUUGUAUAAUCAAAAUAUUGAACCGGCGGAACCGUUAAACCAAUAUCAGUACCAAAACGGGUACAACCCGUACCAACAUUUGCCGCCACCGAAGCAGAUUCAGAAGAAGUCUGUCUCUUUCGAGCCGGGUACCAAAGGCGGCACGGAGUCCCCUGUACCCCCGCAAAUGAACGGCAACUACGACCCCCAAUUGGGACAAAAGUCCCCAUGUAACCUCUGUCGUAAGAAACCAGUCAACCCGCCGGCUAUGUACUGUCCAGACUGCGAUUUCUAUAUGUCUAGGUUCAAACCACGCUCAUAGCACUAAUGUAUAAAUAAAAACAUGUAUUUAAAUAAUUAAGCCUGUAAAUUAUAUAAACGAUAAUUAAUAAGAUGUGACUGAUCUCAUUUGAGAGUAUAAAAGCCCUAAUUGUAAUCUAGACUUAUAAACAAUACCUAUAAACUACUUAAACGUAAAAAUAUAAAACGUAUUUUUUGUUACAAUAAAAUUAAAAAUUCAUGAAUCAAUAUAAUAAAUAAAUCAUUUUCAAUAUU